GUGGACUCGAAGUCAGAUAUUCUUACUGACUUUCAAGCUGCUCUCUUGAGAUUAGUUGAGUUCUACACUACGUUUCUCAUCGAACUCGGAGCCCUCUGUUCGAAUCCUUCGGAAGCAGUUGUAAACACUUAAAGCGUUGCUCACGUGCACAGAAGACUGAAGAUGUCGAUCAGUCGCUGUGCUCUGUUGUGUCUGAGUGCCCUUUUGGUUCUUUCGUCGACAGCAAGUGCUGCAGAGAACGGCUUUGAUUAUGGGUCUGGGCUGCGAGGCCCUGCAAAAUGGGACGGAUUCUGCGCCAACGGGACCAAGCAAUCUCCGAUAGAUGUAGUCAUGGCUGACACAGUUCUCGAUAAGUCUCUCAAAGAUCGCCUGGAUGUUGAAUAUGGAAAAUAUACGUCCGCCGUGAUCGUCAACGACAAAGCGGCUCACCAUCUGGAUGUGGCAGGAGAUGGACCUUUCGGCAAUCUCACUUUGAACGGUGUGAAGUACGAUUUGGUGAAGUUUCAUUUCCACUCCCCAAGUGAGCACACCAUCGAUGGCGUGAGCUUUGACCUCGAAAUGCAUCUGUUUCACAAAAGCGCAGAUGGCAAGUUCGCUGUCAUUGCCAUAUUCUUCAACGAAAGUCAUGACGACGAUGCUGAGAGUCCUUUCCUUAAGCAGGUGUUUUCUUGGCUGCCGAACAUCACACAACCUGAUACAAAUGUAACCACCAUGGCACCCAUCACAUUCGAAUCACUGCCUCUUCAGGGGUCGUAUGCUCAGUAUUCUGGAUCUCUCACCACACCACCUUGCACCGAGGGGGUUUCUUGGGUCGUCAUGCUUAACGAGACACAGAAAAUGUCUUGUCCCCAGUUCGGCGCAUACCAAAAGGUUUUCUCGGAAGCGAACAACAGGCCCGUUCAGAAAACAAGGUGCCGGAGUGUCACUCGUUUCGAGCACGCUUAGGUGUCCCAUAAUUAGUAGACGCCGAGUAUUUCAGGCGCCAUGACGCUCUCUGCCUUUUGUACACUAGAAAUUCCUGGCUCUGUUGAAACCGUUUGAGGUUUGGCCUCACCUUCAACUUCUCUUCUGAGAGGUAAUGAAGUGAGCGUGUUUUAAUUUGCCAACAUGAUUCACGUCCUGUGUGAACAAAUCUGUAUAUUAGAUGAGGGGUGUAGACAUAAUCGUAAUAUCUCCGCACGAGCUGCAAUGGGAUAGAUAGCGAGGCACUGCCUAAGUGUGUGAAAUUUUUAGUCUCCUCUUUACGAGACGAGAAUUUUGUGCAAUGAAAUAAAAGUUGAAGGGGAAUUGAGGAUAUGGUGUCGCGACAGAUCGUGACACUCCCCUGGUUUCAUACGCGAGUGUAACAACUGGUAAAUCGUCUGAAUGUUGAUGACACUAGGCACUAGCAUUAUAUGCCAUGCAGCUGCUGCUAGAUCUUCUCGUUCAAGAGUACUAAAUAUCCACUCAGCACAUGUCGGAGAAAAAGCGAGUCUAUGGAUUGCUGAUGAGUGCUAGAAAACUAAGGACCUUUAGUUUCCUGAAGCCUUGUUAUGAACGUCAGGUGGGGGCAUUCAGAUUUUCGGUUAAUGUAAAUCAAGUCAUCAAGCAAUGAUCUUUCCG